AUGUCCGAACAAUCCACCACACCGGCUUCGGCCACGAAGGAGAAAACAUUUAGCUCCUACAAUAAAGAGCAAGGAACGGAGUAUGCCCAACUCCGCCCCGACUACUCUCCCGCCCUGUAUCAGGUCGUCCUAGACCAACACAAAGCAAGUGGCGGCCAACUUGACACCCUCGUCGAUCUAGGCUGCGGACCAGGCAAUGUCGCUCGGUCACUUGGCUUACAUUUCGCCCAUGCCGUCGGCCUCGACCCAUCCGAUGGCAUGAUCGCUACAGCCCGCUCUCUAGGCGAUAACAGCGUCGAUCUUAUCACCGCCGCUAACUCUGCGCAUUGGUUCGAUAUGGCCCGCUUCUGGCCCAGUGCCGCGCGCGUCCUCAAGCCCGGCGGCAGUGUCGUAAUGUGGACGAGCGGUGGAAACCGCAUUCACCCCUCUGUGCCAAAUUAUGAGGCCAUGCAGGUUGAGAUCGAUCAGAUAGAGACGGAGUACCUGAGGCCAUAUUUUGAGCCUGGUAACCUCCUGACUCGAAACCGCUAUGCUGACCUCCCGCUUCCGUGGACUUUGGACCCUCCAGUCGCGGGUUUCGAUAAGUGUGACUUCUUCAAGAAAGACUGGGACCUUGCAGAGAAAUUCUACGCUGCAAAUCCGGAUGUGCCGCUGGAUAUGUUUGAGAAGAUGAUUGGGACGAUGAGUCCUGUGACGAGAUGGCGCGAGGCCAAUCCCGAUGCUGUUGGUACUGAGAAGGAUGUGGUCAGGCUAUAUCGCCGCGCAAUUGAGCGGCAUUUGCAUGCAGCUGGUGUGGAGAAAGGUAAGGAAACCGUUCGGGGCGCCAUGCAAGGUGUUGUUCUGGUUGUCAAGAAGAAGAAUUAG